ACUUAAUUGUUGUUCUAUGAAAAAGAAUCUUCUUUAGCAAUAUUUCUCAAAAAUAAAAUGUUGGUUAUCGAUACGUGUUCUGUAAUUGUUGAGUUUGUAGGAAUUUUUGUCGUGUUUGAACAUAUUUUUUCUUGUUUUGAAUGUUCUGUUCGUGAUAUUAGUUGGAAGAAAUGAAGUCUUUGUUUUGAAGUAUUUGGAUAAGUGAUGAAUAUAUCAUUGGAAGACGGUACUAGAAGCAAACGCCGACAUUAGCGUGUCCAAGAUGCAGGAAGAGGAGGUGGAGGACAGGGAGGAGAGCGUGGAGUUCAUGGUGCUGGUGUCGCAGUUGUGCCGGGUGUGUGCACAACUGAGUGAGAAGCUGGUGCCCAUGUUCGGUGAGGACGGCUCGCCUGACGAUGUCGUUGGCAAGAUUCACACACACCUGCCCAUCAUGGUCACAGACAAGGACUUGCUGCCUGUGAACAUAUGUGAGGAUUGUAUGGAGAAGCUGGAGGUGUGUCACAAGCUCGUCAGCACUUGUCUGGAUGCUGACUCCGUUCUGAGGAACCUCCUCGGACUUCCUUCUCAAGAAAAUGAGCAUGAAAUAGAUGAAAUAAAAUCUGAGGUUGAUACAGAAUUUAUAGAUGUAGGAAAGGAUAUGUCUCAUGAAGAAAAUAAUGAAAAUUUGGCUGAAGAUGGUUUACAAGAAUUUGACGAAGUUACAAAUUCACAGGUUCAAGAUACAGCAACUGAUGAAAAUACAGAUACUUUAGAAGUAUAUGAAAAUGUUGAUGGCUCACUCAUGAAUGAAACUACUGGAAAUUUGCAGGAUUCAAGUAUUGAUAGUGAUGCUCAGUAUCCAGCUAUCGCUGAAAAUCUUCAGCAAACCGACGUUAUGACGAGCAAUGAAGAGUGUUUGCAAGAUUCGGAAAUGAUCUCAAAUGAAUUGAAUCAAGCAAUUCAAUAUUCUGAAUCUAACAUUGUGGAGGGUAUGAUGACAGAAUUUAAAGAGGAGCCAGAUCAGGAAGAUUGCACUAUGCCUGCUCAAGAAGAGUUCACACUUCAUUCUAACUUGAAAUUGGGCAACCACAGCAACUACAAGGUAAUGGUGCUGAAGACAAAGUCCACAAAACCAGUCACCACAUCUGAUAUCCUUAAUGUUUUGAAACUAGGGGACAAGCAUAGUAACCAGCUGGCUUCCACAUCAGAAAGUUUUGAAGGCCAGGCAGAUGGUUUCAGUGAUGUUACAAAUAAAAGUAAGUUUGCUUAUGACCGUGCAAUGAAGAUGGAGGAUGAGGCCCAGUUGAGAUGGAAUUCCAAAGUGGCAACAGUUCCAUCAGAAAAUGACAAUAUCACAUACUUAUGUGUGUACUGUGAUGGUGUGGUUGUCGGUAAUGCAACUCUGCUGGCCCAUCAGCUAUCAGAGCAUUCAGACUGUGUAUUUGUUUGUACGCUGUGUGAACCAAAUAGGGUUUUUUACGAGUCAAAGCAAUUCUACGAACAACAUAUGGUCAAUCACGACGAAAAUGUCACACUGAUGGAGCAAGUGAGCACGAAUGCCAAAGAACCAACAGAGGUCACCAUCGAUGUGUCCAAAUCUCCAGAUCUGUCACCCAUUUCUGAGGCCAUUCCCGGGAUGAAAAAUGAUGACAUACAGUUGACCAGCGUAUUUAAGAUCCACGUUGAAAGCUCUGCCAUGAAAAUGGAUGAAGAAGGAAAUGAAGUGAAAUCUAAAUUUCGUUUAAAACUACCUAAAGCUUUCAAAUACAUGAGUAAAGAUCUUCAGUCGAAGAUAAUAAAAACAAUUCACAAGGUGGUUGCAACAGAUAAAGACAAGGCUGGAGGAGAAUGUGAGAACCAGUCACCAGACGGCUCCCUUGAAAACAGCCGGUAUGCAGUGAAAGUACUGGCAAAGAAUUUGAAUGUGCCACGCAUGAAGAAGUCGAAGGUGAAGGAGUUCAAGUGCAAGGUAUGCGAGAGCUUGUUUCCGUCGAGGGAGAAGUUGUCGGAGCACCGUGCGGAGGGAGGCUGCAUGUACAAGUGCCAGUUCUGCGGCAAGCAGUUCCAGUACCGCAUCAACUGCAUCCAUCACGAGCGGGUGCACACCGGCGAGAAGCCGUUUGUGUGCGAGUUCUGCGGCAAGAAGUAUCGCACCAGCACCAUAUUCCGUACCCAUCUGGCCACCCACGACGAUGCCCAGCAACACGUGUGCCCGGACUGCGGGAAGGUGUUCACCAACAAGGCGGGCUACCAGUACCACCGCAUCACGCACUCGGACUGCACUUACCUGUGUGACGUCUGUGGUAAGACCCUGAAGCACAUCAGUAGCCUGCGUAUCCACAAGCACAAGCACAGUAACCCGGACUAUCUGCGUCGCUACUGCUGCGACCUCUGCAACAAGAAGUACGAGAACAGCUACCGCCUUAGAGAGCAUCGACGUGUGCACACCAAUGAACGCCCAUACAAGUGCCCCGACUGUGCGAAAAUGUUCCGUAAACUUGGCCAGUUGAAACAACAUUCGAUAGUGCACUCGAACAUGCGCAAGUACAAAUGCCACGUGUGCGAGAGAUCAUUCAAGCGACGUACUUCGCUGUCCGUGCACCUGCGGACCCACGGCAUACAGAGCCAGCACCGGUGCAUGACCUGCUUCAAGCUGUUCCCCGACCAAGACGCGCUGAUGCUCCACAAGCUGGAACAUCCGAAGGAACCCGAGGAUGCAGCCGUCGCCGCCGCGGCAACAGCCGAAGAAGACGACGUGAAACCGAAGAGAGAGGUGAAGGAGUUCCGUUGCAGCGUGUGCGGCAAGGUCCUGUCGAGCAAGGUGACGCUGCGGCUGCACAUGAUGAUACACACCGGCGAGAAGCCGUUCAGGUGCAACGUCUGUGGCAAGUCCUUCACGGUGAAGCUGCACCUGGAAGUCCACUACCGGCGCCACACCGGGGAGAAGCCCUACAAGUGCAAGUACUGCGACAUCGCCUUCGCGGCUCGCCCGAGCCUCGUGGUGCACGAACGCAUCCACACGGGCGAGAAACCGUUCCCCUGCGACCAGUGCGACAAGGCAUUUCGGUCCAAGAUCAAUCUCAUGCAGCAUCUGGUGGUGCACUCUGAUGUCCGGCCCUUCAAGUGCACCAUCUGCACGAGGGGAUUCCGGCGACGCGAUGCCCUGGAGGCCCACACCCGGACCCACACGGGCGAGCGCCCGUACGCUUGCCGUCUCUGCGGGCGGGCAUUCAAGCAGAAGGGAGACUGCAACAAACACGAGCAGACUCACUCCAAGCCCUCGCGACAGGGCCGGGGUCCUGCCCACAAAUGUCACGUCUGCAAAUUGAUUGCCCCGAGCAAGGAAAUGCUGCAACAUCAUUUUGCUUCUUCUCACGGUGUGAUGUUUGCCGGUCUGGCAGAUGGUGAUACGAUCAUCAUAUCACAGGAUGACAUUCUUUCCGUACCAGAGGUUGAGAUUCAAGAUGCAACAGUUUUGGUCUGAACAAUGCACUUGUGUUCUGUUUUAUGAGAUACUUUAUAUUUUACAGUCUAUGUAAUAGAUAUGUUAUUGUAUAUUAGCUUUUAAAUGUUAUUUAUUGCAAAAUUUGUGAACUGGAAAUAUGGCAUUUAUAUCUUUUUUUUUCCUUGGACUUUAACAAUUGCAGAAAACUGAACUUUUUCUUCUUUAUUUUGGCAGUAGGUUAAGUUGUUUUAAUAUAAUUUGUAAUUCAUUGGCAUUUUAUAAUGUUGAAUCUAUUAAACACUUGUAUAUUUAUUACUAUUAUUUAAAUGAAUACCUUCAAAGAAGGCUAUUUGAUAAUCGUACUUCCAUUUGAAUUAGAUCCUUUUACUGAAAUGUGGUAUGAUUGUAAACAAAAUUGUAGUAAUAAAUUGGUUUACUUUUUUGCAACUACGCUC